AUGAAAACGUCGAUUGAUCAAUGGACGAAUGCUAAGUCUCUCAGGAAAUUCUUCAGCUCAGUAUUCGGCAAAGGUGCUCGAUCGAAGCAUAUACCGGAGUCAACAGCUCAGACUUCACCAGUAACCAACACGGUUUCGGUGCCUGUGCCAACAGAUACAGCAACGGGAACGACUUCAGCAUGUCAAACUUCGAUGAGAGAUGAAUUCUCGUCGAUCUCCGCACCUGGAAGCAAAAUAUUGAAAAGAGUAAGAGCAAGCAGGACCAAGUCGAAUAGUCCUCUCCAUAGACAACCCCUGUCGCCUUCGAGCGCAGUAUUGACCGAUGCCACAUCACUUUCACCUCCACAAAUAAAUCUAAGAAGAUGCCAUACAUGCUCAUAUGAAUCACCAGCACCAAUUAUCGACUCGAAAGAAACUUCAGGGCGAGCACCUCUGACGGCAAAGUAUCCUGAAAUAUUCAUAUACAUGGGACGAAAUGGUGUGCCAAAUUCCGCUCUGGCUUUGACCAAAGACAUAGUUAGAAAUAUGAAUGAGAUAUUUCGCCUUGAAGGACAAGUUAAUGAUCAUAGAAAGGAUAUAGAUCGAGUAGGUGAAGAGUAUGAGCGCGUCAUUUCGACUUUGAAAGAACCCAAUCGGUUACUUCCAUCAUCAAGUACCACAAGAGGAAGCGAUCGAGAGGCUAAAUUAGAAGAACUAAUAUUUCUUUCUGACAUUUCCUCACGCAUUCAAAAUCAGAAGAGAGUGUUGCAAGAAGUCUUGGAACGAGAAGAUGGCGAGCUGAGCGAGCAGAGAAAAGUUCUGUUCAGCAGGCUGAGAGACGUACUUGAGGAUCGGAAUCUUUUAGAUACAACGGGAAAGGAUGCCCGAUCAAAUCAAUUUUAUCGCAUGCCAGCCGCACAGCUUAUACCUCGACACGAGGAACCUCGUGCAGGUAGCGAACAAGCUCGAGAGCGAGCCGGAAAGAAACCACGAGAGGCCGUGGAUCACAUGAAAGAAAUGGGAUAUCAAUUGCAAGAAGCGCAUCAAAAACUCAAUAAUUGGAAGCACUACUAUGAAUACGAGUAUGCGGAUUAUGCACGCGCGGUUAAGAAUGGAACAAUGGGACCUGCGAGAAGUUUUUUCGAUUUGACUCUACUACAAGAACAUCAGGUGGCAACCGAGGAAGUUAUUGAAGCGGAGAACAAUCAUGAAAAGGCAAGGGGACAAGUAAAGGAGUUGAAGGUGGUGCUCAGUAAUAUUUAUCAAUCAAGUGGCUUUGCGAAUUUUUCAGAUGACGGGUAUAGAGCAUCAAUGGAAGAUGCUAUGGCCAAUGAAGUGGAUAGGGAAUGGAUUCUGAGCUGGAUGGAGAAAAACGAUGAUGGGAUAGACUUUGGGGAUGAUGGUGAUGAGUGGGAAGCAAUGUCAAUCGGAUUAGAUGAUAGUGUUAGUGUGGUUGCUGAAGGGAGGGAAAGAAAAAGAAUCGAUGGGUGGGAAAAAAGAUGUCUAGCAAUCGACAAUGACUGUACUGAGCUUCCAGCGGCACUAGAGUACAAUCCAGAUCCUAAGCCGAGAAAGAUGGUUGCUUGA